UAUGGUUAGCCUCAUAAUGACGGACUGCGUUGGAAAAACGCAUGUUUUUACUGCGGCUAUGUUGCGCUUCAGUAGCUCUUCUGAUUCAUCGCAUCCGUUAUCAACAAGCAGCAUGGCGGAGCCGACUGUCCGGAUGUCUGGGAUUGUGUUAGCUUCUCUAAUGUUCCAGCAUGUUAACAGUGAUUCGGACGUGGAAGGUCUGAUCCUAGGAGAGAGUAAGUUCGAGGAGCAGAUCACCAUCAGCGACUCUCAGGCCGACCACAUCCACAUCGAGGAAAUCUACAACAUCCAGAAGCACAUAGCCUGCCCCAGACUGAACCACUUCUACAACAGUGUAGGAGAAGUAAACGUGGAGGUUGUGAAGAACAUCCUGGCCGACAGUAAGCAGGAGAGCGUGAUUGGCUGGUACCGACAGCGCAGGAACUCGGGCCAGCAGAUGACGUUCAGAGAGAAGCUGGUCCACGAGAACGUGAUUGGCUGGUUCCAACCUGACAUGAGUUUGUGUGUCACGCCCAGCAGGCUCCGGGCCCAGGAGAGGCGUGAUUGGCAGUGUGUGAACGUGCCCCUGCUGGUCUCUAACCUGGGGCUGCUGGAGCAGCUGGCCUACUGGAAGGUUUCGGCUCCGUGCUCGGCGGCCGGUUAUCACCUCACCAUGAAGACACACAGCUCCAGGUUCUUCUCGGCCAAUGGGCUGCUGAGGGAGGUCAACGAUGUCAACACCAUGAACGAGUCUCUGCAGACAGAGCUGCAGAGAGCCUGCAGAGAGCUGGAGGAGAGUGAGCGUCUGGUGGAGAGCCUGCAGGCCGAGGUCUCAGCUCUCAGGACCAGACUCAGAGAGAAGCAGCAGCAGCACGGAGCAGCUGCAGACCCCGCCCCCCCCCAGCAGCAGCAGCAGAAGAAGAACGAGCGUCUCCAUGACGCCGUCAGCGUCCUAUUGGCCGUCUCUCCUCUGUUCCACUCGCAGACGUUAACCCUCGAUGCGUUUCCUGUUCCUGUUUCCUGCUGCCGCGUCUCCACGGAAACGCCACCGCCACCGCCACCGCCCGGCAGGAAGAGGCCGAGAGGAUCGCCGGCGGGGAGGGACGGGAAACGCAGGAAGAGCAACUCCUGACAGAGAUACUGACCAAUCAGAGGCCAGAGGCUAGUUCACCAGAGCCACUGACCAAUCAGAGGCCAGACGCUAGUUCACCAGAGCCACUGACCAAUCAGAGGCUAGUUCACCGCUGGCCAUGGCGCCUUUUGUUAGAUGGUUUUUCCCUUUCUUUCACUUUUUUACUUUUACA